CGCGUAAGGCGCGGGUCUUAUCCUAGUUAAUAAUGAAUUUAUUGUUAGUUUAAUAAAAAACUUAUUAUAUAAUUAGAUGGACCAACAUAUUUCUCUAAUGAUUCUAAGAAUCAUCCUAGUGAUGACAUGUGGCUACAAAAAGAAGUUGUAAUGCUUCUCAAAUAAUAUAUAGGGGAUCUUUGUCAAUGCAGUACUAUUAUAUCUAACGUGUGCAGUACUAAAAUAUUUGUCAAUGCACUACAUUUUCUCCUAAAGAAUAUAACUAACCAAUUCUCUCUUAAUUAUAUCUAACGAUUUUAAUGUUGUCUUUGUUAAUGCAGUGCUAUUCCACAAACUUAAGUUAAAAAACAAAACUCAAAGUAUGAAUUAACAAUUCAAUCACACAGUAUUUUUUAUGCAUAAUAAAGACAAAGUGUACAUAUGUUCUGUUACAUUUUCUUAGUUAUUAUAUUUUAUCUAUUAGAUAUAAUAUGUUUAUGCAAAAAAAAAACUAGAUUAGACAGACAUGUGUUAGAUAAAGUUUUUUUUGGAAAAUAAUUGUUGGUUCACUUAAUCCAUAAUUAAGUAUAACUAGGUUUUGUAGGUUGUUCCAUUAAAAUUGAAAAUUUAUUUUAUUUGAUACAAAAUACUGAAAUAUAUCGGUUAUCCAAUUUCAUUUUUAUCAAUGUAAAAUUAGAUUUUUAAACUAAAAUAAUUUGUAUUUUAUAAAAUAAAAUAAAAUGGCAAAUAAAAUAGUAUAAUAUAUAAGAUACUGAAACUAUAUAUAUACAUAUAAUAAUCCUUUUAUUUAAAAUAUUAAUAUAAUGUAGAUAAUAUCAUAUCAACACAUAUAGUUAUUACUAAUAAAAGAAAAUAGACAAUUUAUAAUAUAUUAUUAAAAUUAAUUUCUAAAUAAGUAAAUAACAACUACUAAAAAUUAACUUUUGAAUAUAAAAGAAAAAGAAAAUAGGUAAAUUUACAACAUAGCAUCAAUAAUAUAAGUAAAAUAAUAUUGAAUUAUAAAAAUAAAUUUUAGUUUCUUCUAUCACAAUUUUCUUUAUUUUCUUCAAAUGAUACAGUAAAAGUUUUAUCACAAUUAAAAAUAAAAAAAUAAAAUAGUUUUUCAAAUAUUUGUACUAUUAAAAAAUAUUAAAAAGUAUAUCAAACUGAAUAAUUUUCUUAAAAAUAUCAUAAAGUUUUAUAAGGGUUUGUAUUGGGUAAUCCAGUGUCAGAUCUCAGGUUAAGGAAGGGUUUUUACUUUUUUAUCAGAUGUUAUCUGAUUUUUAAAUAUCGGAUUUUAACUAAGUCUGAACCGGACUAUAUAGGGUUGACCUAUCAUUUACCGGUUCAACCAUGGGUCUGGAUUGGGUAUGAAAACACUGUUAAAACUAUUUAACCCUAAAAAAAUUAAUACUAUUAAAUUGAACCAAAAUAUGCCGGGUAAAUAAUAUAUCUCACCAGCUCAACAUAUAUAUAAUCUUGCACACAAAAUAUAAAAAUGACGUUGUAAACUAAAGAUGUACAUAUAAAAUCUCACAUAAACUAACUGAUCAAUUAUAUAACUUUAAACAAAAAAUUAUUUUCUUCUUCAAUAUAAUACGACUUUGUAACUUAAUAAUGUACAUCAAAAUUAUAACACUAAUUUAUAUCAACAUUUUAUUAACCAACAAAAACUCGCGCUUUUGAAACGUGGAUCAAAAUCUAGUUUAACAUUAAAGCAACUAACUUUUUUGGUGGGCUCAAUUUUCAAACGGAUAAGUUGUAGAAGAAUAAUCUGUUUCGACUUUCGUAUAUCCGACCAUUAGGAAACGUUUUACAUCAAUACCAAUCUGAACUUGCGUGGGCAUACGAAGAAACCAUCUUUUGGAUACAUGCAAAGUAAAUAGAUUCCAGUAGUCCAUGGACACGUUCAUUUAACGUAUAUAGUAAAUCAAUAUGUGUCAUUUCUUUGUUAAACAAUAUGUGUAAUGACUUCAUAACUGAUUCAGUUCAUUUAGAAUAUACAUUUUAUUACUUUCCCAAAAUAUUAAGAGAACAGCGGUAAGACUAAAUAACACGUAUCACUCUAUUACUGAUCAUUUCAAUAUAACGUCUACUUUUAUUUGAACCUUACAAUGGUUCUUGUUUAUAAUAUAACCUAGAUAGAUAGAUCAUAGAAGAAAUAAUCUUUAGGAUUUAAAAUAUAAUUUUGGAAAAAAUGACCAAAUACAAAGAACACUACAAAAAAAACAUUGAAUUGUAUCACUUAAAUUGUAUCACAAAAAUAAGUGAUACCAUUUUAAAUCACUUAUUCAGAACUGAAACAAAUAUUUAUACUUUUAAAUCAUUUAUAGUAAUUGAUGUUAUUAUUAAUUAAUUUAACAUCAGUUCGAUAUAAGUGAUGUCUUUUCUUUUAAUUUGUAUCAUUUUAACAAAAAUGAUACAAUUAUAUAAAAUUAUAUCAAUUACACAAUUGAUGCAUAUAUUAUUUUGUUUAGUAUCACUUAUUUAAAUGAUCUAUAAUUUACAUCAGUAAAAUAAUUGAUGCUAAUAAAAAUUAUAUAUAUAUAUAUUAGCAUCGGUCUAAUAAAAAUGAUAUUGUUUUUAAUCUUAUUUUGCAUCUGUUGAAAUAUAUUAUCUAGUACAAAAUUAGUUUGGAUCUAUAAAAUAAUUAAUAAAUAUAAUAUAAUUGUAUAAUUAUAUACUAAACAGGAUCUAUUAUAGUUCCCCAAAAAAAGGAACCACAAUCCCACAUAAAACGUGAACUAAUCAGUUAAAAAGUAGGGAUUACGAGAAGUAGUAUAAUAUUCUUGUGAUUUUAAUUUUUUGUUAGCUUUAAUUUUACUGGAUCAUAAUUUUCUAUAACUGUUUCACUUCAAUAUUUUCAUCUUCGUCUCUUUUUCAUCUUUUCUCUGUUUCAGUUUCUUAAACUUUUGUUCAGAGCUUAAAAUUUGUUGUUUUGGUUAUUUGAUCAGAAACAGAUUUCAACAAUAUCAAGCAUUAUAUGAGUCACGAUGACAAAUGCGUUUCUUUUCAUGAAAGGGUUUAAAGAUUGCUGAAGUUUGCUAAUCAAACGACUCUGAUUAAACUUUUGAGAGGUAUUAUUUCUUUUUUCUUUCUCUAUUCUCAAACUUUUUGAAAACUACAAGUUCUUAUAUUUUUUGUUUAUGUCUUAAUAAUCAUUCUCUAUUAGGAUCAGAAUAAUUCAGAGAUAUAUGAGGACACGACAAGAGUGAUUUGAAAUGUGGAGGAAAAUCGAUAGAGAUUGAAGAUGAAAAAAGAAGAUGCAAAGAAUGAGAAGAAAGAAGAAGAAUCUGGAUAUAAUUGCUAGUAUUUUUUUUGUAUCUCCGCAUUCUUCAUGUUUUUUUCUUUCUCAUAACUAGUAAUUUGUUUAACUUUCUAUAGUCUUUUUUUCUUCUCUGUACCUUUUUUAUUUUUCUUGUUUUCUUGGCUACGUUAUAUUUCAAUGGAAAAUUAAUAAAUUGUUACAAAAUAAUAUUUUAUUUUAUAUGUAUUUUCUACUCUACAAAUGAUUCUAAUAUUUAAAACAAUAACUAUAAAUAGUAAAACUAUUAAAAUAUUUUUUAAUAAAUCGAUAUUAAUUUAUUAAAUUAUUAAUUAAUAUUUUAUUAACUAAAUCAGUUAUUUUAAUUGAUGUCAAUACUAAUAUCAUUUGGAAAAAUUGAUGUAAUUGUUAAUAUCGUUUUUUACAAUUGAUAUAUAUAUUGACAUCACAUAAAGUAACUGAUGAAAAUAUAAUAAUUUCUUACAUCAUUUGUUAAUAAAAUGAUGUAAAUUAUUUGUAUCACCACUUUCAGAGUCAUUUAUUUAAGUGAUGUAAAAUUAUUUUACAUCAUUUAUAACUAAUGCAAAAAUAUAAAUUAAAUGAUGCUAAAUGACUCUUUUUUUGUAGUGGAAUAUCAGUCUCUUUCUAUUAAAGAUUGAAAAAUUGCCACAAUGUAAAAAAUGCUGUAUGUUUUAAAGAUGAUUGCAGUAGUUUUACAAUAAAUAUGACACUAAUAUUGUCUUUUACUGCGAAGUUAGAUAGUCAAGUUAAAAUUUAAUUAUUUUAAACAUAUGCCUAUAUUUUAAGUAGUUCAAUGUAAAUAUAAAAUAAUGGGUGUCAGUAAAAAAAUUAAAAAUUUGGUUUUUUUUAAAAUGUUUUUUCAGAACUUUAGUAGUUAUCCACUUAUAUACUUGAUCUGUAUUUCAAAAUUAAAUAAAGAAUCUCAAAAUAAUAAAUGUUUUGAGAUUCUGUAUUUGGCUAGUCUUAUCAAAUAUAUACAAAAAAGUAUUAAUAUCUAAGCAAGUAUAGUAGUUAAAAUCAUAGUCACAAAUGUCAAAAUAAAAUAGCAUAGUCAAAACAAAAAUAUAUUAUCAUACAUCCUCUCUGUCAACUCACCAUUCAAGUUGUAAGCCACGCAGAUUAAGGAAUAUAUGAUUAUAUUUGUUACCUUAUGCUCAUAAGUUCGUAACGUUUAUGCUAGGCUGUAUUCUCUCCUUUAUUUACAGAAAUUAUGUACAUAGUUCCAAAACAUUCACCAGUAAUAAAAACCACUUUGCAUUGUGUUACAAGUGUCGAAAAAUUUAAGAUUCCUUAUUUCAUCGUUUUUGCUCACACAUAUCACCAUGUCCUCAUAUCUUUAUAUAACAGCAGAAUUAAUGAACAUCUUCGAACAACACAAAGAAAAAAUCUAUCAUACCUAAACACACGAUCAAGAUAUAUAGAUAUGGAGACUGUAGUGGUGAUUGUGGGAGCUGGACCAGCUGGUUUAGCAACAUCAGUUUGUCUAAACAAACACUCAAUCCCAAACUUGAUCCUCGAGAAAGAAGACGUAUAUGCAUCACUUUGGAAGAAACGAGCCUACGACCGUCUCAAACUUCACUUAGCCAAAAACUUCUGUCAGCUGCCUUUCAUGCCGCAUGGUCCCGAUGUUCCAACCUUCAUGCCCAAAGAAUUUUUCAUAGAUUACCUUGACGCUUAUGUCACCCGUUUUGACAUAAAUCCUAGAUAUAACCGAACCGUGAAGUUCACAAUGUUUGACGUGUCUAACAACAAGUGGAGGGUAGAGGCCGAAAACACAGUGACCGGAGAAAUCGAAGUGUACUGGUCGGAGUUUGUCGUGGUCGCAACGGGAGAGAACGGAGAUAGAUACAUUCCUGAGGUAGAAGGACUUAAUAAUUUCUAUGGCGAGGUUGUGCAUUCCAGUAUGUACAAGUCCGGACGUGACUACAAAGAUAAAAAUGUUCUCGUAGUCGGAGGAGGAAACUCCGGGAUGGAAAUAAGCUUUGAUCUAAAUAACUUCGAUGCUAAUACCGCCGUUCUCAUUAGGACUCCGAGACAUAUAUUGACCAAAGAGGAAGUAUACGUGGGGAUGACACUGUUGAAAUAUUUCCCGGUGAGAAUGGUUGACACAUUAGUGAUGAUGAUGUCUAAGGCAAGAUUAUUUAUAUACGGAGAUCCCUCCAAGUACGGGCUCAUCCGACCAAACCAAGGUCCUUUUGUCACGAAAUUCUUGACCGGGAGAACUCCAGUCAUUGACGUGGGGACUGUCCGAAAAAUUCACGAAGGAAAGAUUCAGGUUAUCAAUGGUGGCAUAAGAAGCAUCGAAGGCAAGACCUUGACGUUUGAAAAUGGACUGAGACAAGAUUUUGAUGUCAUUGUGUUUGCGACUGGUUACAAAAGCUCUGUAUGCAAUUGGUUAAAGAACUAUGAGUACGUGAUGCGGGAUGAUGGCUUCCCCAAAAAUCCAAUGCCAGAUCAUUGGAAAGGAGAGAAAAAUAUUUAUUGUGCUGGAUUUUCAAGGAAGGGAAUCGCUGGAGCCGCUCAAGAUGCGAUGUCUGUCGCCCAAGACAUCAAAUCUAUUUUGGAAACGGCCAGAUACUAAGGAAUUCUCAAAACAACCACCAGAAAGAUUGGAUUACAAUAUACACUUAUACUAGGUGAAUCACUAUGUAUACGCAGAAAUUAAUAUUUAGUAAAACAAUAAUUUGUAAUAGUUAUUAAUAUUUAUUUUGUUUUUGUUUUAUAUUUUAUAUUAUGUUAACUAAAUAAUAAGCUUGCCAAAGUUGACAAAAAAGAAAAAAGAAACUAACCAAAAAUCAUAGCGAUUAGCACUAUCAUAUAUUACUACGGUCUAUAGAACUCAAACAUCAAUAAUCCAAAUGAGUAUUUAACCAUGAAUAGAUAAAAUAUCAAUUAUUGUUGAGAGGCAUAGUAGUAAUUAUUUCAGACUAAAAAAAAUCUAAACCACAAUUUGACAUGCAAAAGAAGUGUGCAGUUGUUUUUUUAAAUAUAGAACUAUAUAAUAAAUUCUAAAACCCGGGCAUCCAAUGUCGGUUACAACUUUGUCUCGAAGAAAAUUAAACUAAUUUUAAUCUUACGCAACUAGCUUCACAUCACUAUCUAACUGGCACUUUUCGCUAGAUAGUUCGAGAAUCCUUCAGUUACCAGUUCCCGUUCUCAACGAUGAUGGUAACCCGGGGAAGGUGGGUUUAACCUUGUUGCCUGGGAUGCCAUAAUUCCCAAGACGUCACUAGAAGUAGCUGGUUCUUGAUGUUCUUAUCACAGCAUGUAAUCUUCAUUGACCUUUAAGCACGAGACGAAGAACGUGAGAGGAGGAUCCAAGAUAGACACACCUGAGCGAGCUUAAGAAGAAUCCAAGCUAUACACACUCGCCAUUGACGACGAAACAGAAUGCAAGAACAUGGAUUGUAACCGCGACUGCCUCUUAACAAGUAUGGGAUCCUUAACCUGCACAGAAUCGAGUCUAACACACUAACAAGGUUGACCAAGGGCCAACGAUGGCACUGGAUGUGUGUUCCGACCAAAUGCUGACACCGCAAGGACCCUCUUGGUGGGGUUUUUUUUUUUUUUUUGCGAAAAACGUUUUUGUGAAGAUUCUCAGGCGCUUAUUGUUGCAAUAUGUUGUUAUGUUAGUCUUCAUUAGAUCCAUGUUUUCUAAGAAACGUUAGAUAGAUAACUAGUUUUUGCUAUAAAGUACAAAAAACUAAUUUAUAAACUUUUCUUUUUUUUUGUUCAACCAAACAGUUCUCAUUUUAUUUUAUAUUUUCAAACAUUUAUGCAUGAUCUCUAGAUUCAGUUAUGCAUUGAACUGUUGCACACUGGAAGUAAUGAUAUCGUUUGAGUUUUAUGUGGGUCAACAUUAACAUAGGAACAUAUAUGAUACAAAAAACCAAUUUACAUAUCUGAAUUAAAUAUUGUUUUUAUUCUGAUGAAGGACAUAUAAUGUGCAUCUACAAUAUAUGAAUAUAUGCCACCAUUUUACUGAUUCAUCCAUAGACAAAACACACUUACAGACAUGAACACUGAGAUGAAACACCAGACUCAACCAAAACUGACACAAUGGUUCCUACUUUAAUUCAAAAAGUCUUUAAUAUUUGGUUGCCAAGGUUGAUUUGAUGUCUUCGGCGAUGGAAAUAACAUCUUGGGCAGCUAUGGGGAUUCCCUUACAGGAAAAUUCAACACAGUAAAGAUUCUCUCCAUACCAAUGCUUCGACAUUUGUUUCGGGAAAGCCAUCAUUCUUUAUCACAUACUCAUAGUCUUGUGUUUAUAGUUUCACAAAACACAUAACCAUUAUCAUAUUAUUCAGUCAGUUACGUCAAAGAGGUUUGAAUUUAUUUUGUGUAGAGGGUUUUUGGGAUAACUGCAAACAAAAUUGCAAAUAAAUCUGUUUCAUACCAUUUGAAAACGUCAAAGUCUUGCCAUUGAUGCUUUAUAUGCCACCAUUGAUAACCUAUAGUGCAUCAAUAGCCAGUGACAACUAAAUCAAGUUUUUGUGAAGCCUCGGUUUAUGGAAAAUGAAGAAAUAAAAACAUAUAAAAAUAAUGUUUAUACUAUUUUGUUAUGAUAUACUAAAUUAUUUUUUGCCAUUUUAAGAAAUAAAGAUUUUCACUUUUUAGAUAUGAAAAAUGUACACAAUAAUAUUUCAUGAUUUAGUUGUCAGAGUGUUUUUUUAAAACAUAUAAAUAAAUCUACAUUACAUUUUUUAUACUUUUUCCUUCAAUUCUUUUAUUUUAUUUUUUCGUAUUUUCGUUUUGUUUUCGUUAUUCAAUAUUUUUUUUAUUUUUUCACUUAUAUAUAUAUAUAUAUAUAGACAUAAAUUAAGUAUUUACGGAAUAUGUUUAACACUACCCAUUACAUAGAAAUCACAUUAAUAAAUAUGAAUAUGAAAUUUGGUGGACAAUGUGUUAAAAAAAUAGAUUGACAAUAGAAGGUUCCUGAAUCUUGCCGUCUCGAACCCUUUGGACAGUUUCCACAUCGGUUACUUAUCCGGUAAAGAAUUUGGUGGCGAAAAGGCUUUGUGUUGGUCGGCAGCUCCAUAUUUGAAGGGAUCUCCGUACAUAAAUAACAUUGCUUUAGCCAUCAACAUCACCAUUGUGUCAAUCAUAGUCACCGGAAAAUACUUUAGCAACGACAUCCCUAAGUAUCCCUCUUUUUGGUCAAUACAUGCAUGUAUACACAUUUAGAGAAGGGAUUGAAUAAAACAACAUAUGGUAACAAAAAAAAAUUAAAAUUAAUUAGAUGGUUUAUUGGUUAAGCAUUUAUUUAAAAACGUUUGAGAAAUAAAAUAUUUGUUUCUUGGUCAAAGUUGAAGAGACCAAAGACAUUGAUAAAAAUCAUAUAUUACUAACCUAGCCAAAUAUCAUACUCCAUCCGUUCCACAAAGAUAGACUUUUUAGUAUUUUCACAUAUAUUAAGAAAACACAUUAAACUACAAUAAUAAAUGUAUUGUUUUCUGUAAUUUUCAAUAACUUUUAACCAAUAGUAAUUCAAUAAAGUCAAUUAUUUUUCUUGAAGUUUACAAUUUUUUUAUAGAAAACACAAAAAAUACAUAUUUGUGAAACAAACUUUUUUUCUAAAAAACCUAUCAUUAAAAAACGAAGGGAGCUUUAACCACAAAUAGAUAAAUAUUGUUGAUAGGCAUAUUAGUAAUUAUUUAACAUUGAGAGGAAAAAAAUCUAAACCACAAUUUGACAUACAAUAGAAGUAUGCAGCUUUAACGUACAUGCAUUCAUAAAUUAAUAAUUAGAAGACAAAAGCGAUAUUAUUUAAGUUACUUAAGGAGUUAUAAUAUUUAUUCCCUCGGGAAUUCUGUCAGAAAAAGCCAUAUUUUCUUGUUGAAACGGCCAUACGAGCAUCCAAGUUAUUAAGAGCAAAGCACAUCUCCAUACUAGAAUUUCCACCUCUAGCCACAAGAACAGUUUUACCUUUUAAGUCAUGUCCAGAUUUGUACUUACUCGAAUGCACAAUUUCACCAUUGAAAGUAUCAAGCCCUUUCACCGCCGGAAUGUAACAUUCUCCGUUCACUCCAGUCACAACCACCACAAACGACGACCAGUACAACCUCCGGAGUUUGUGGUACUGGUUGGAGUUUCUGUCGGUUGCAACUGAAGAAAAUAAAGAUCAGUAUCUUCUGGUGGUGAAAGGCUUGAUACUUUUACCAGAGAUAUUUUGCAUUCGAGUCUGUACACUUUGGACGUGACUUUAAAGGUAAAAUUUUUUUUCUUGUGGUCGAAGGUGAAAAUUCAGGUUUGGAGAUUCUUUGAUCUAAACAAAUUGGAUGCAAAUAAGUUCAGUAAGUAAAUGAAUUAAUGUAGCUUUGUCUUUUAAUUAUUAAUUUGUGAAUGAAUGAACGUUAAAGCUGCACAAUUCUCUUGCAUGUCAAUUUAUUUUUUACGAUUUUGUUUUUUGGUGUGAAAUAAUUACUAAUAUGCCUCUCAAAAAUAAUUGAUGUUUUAUAUAUUCAUUAAAAUCUUGUUUGAAUUAUUGAGUGUUGAGCUCAUAGACCAUAGUAUCAUAUAAUAAUGCUAGUCGCUAUGAUCUUUUGCUAGUUUAGUACAAUAUGAGUCUUAUCAGUGUCUUCAGUUUUUCAACUUUAGCAAAGGAAAUAAAUUUUUUAUUUC